AUGAGCAGGUGCAGAAUGAUACGAGCCGGGAGAGUGGUCGUUGUUGCAGUCGCCGCUGUGCUGGUCUGCUGUAAUGCUGAUCCACACAGGGAACAAGAUGGGAGCGUAAGUGAACACAGCUCAGACCGCUACGAUGCUAAUGAUUAUAGACAAAGAGAAUUACAAAACUUUUGGAGGUUCCUCUGGCAAAAGGAACACAGAAAUGGGGACAGAAACCUUAACGGUAUUGGCGGUAGCACAUUGUUGGGUAGGAACGUUAAUAGUCUCAGUGUGCCAACAUCUCGGGGAAGUUAUGGAAAAAUUCCGGACGGAAUAGGUGGAUCUACUUUAUUAGGCAGAGAUGCUGAAGGAGAAAGUAACGUAUAUGCCCGAUUCGUAGAUGCUCUUGGUGGCGGCAAUUUUGUCCGUAACUUGGACUCUCUUGGUGGAGGGAAUUUCGUUAGAAAUCUUGAUUCACUGGGCGGAAGCAACUUCAUCAAAAGAAACUUAGAUCAAAUUGGAGGACCUAACUUUGUUAAAAGAAAUUUAGACUCGUUAGGUGGUGGAAAUUUCGUUCGAAAUUUAGACCCUCUUGGUGGAGACAACUUUGUGCGAUCCCUUGACGAUGAAAACUUUAUUUAA